AUGGUAAAAGUCUUAGUCCACAGCCAGUGCAUCAACCAGAUCCUGGAGAGUGUCCACCACAUCCACCAGCAUGACAUUGUGCACAGGGACCUCAAGCCAGAGAACCUGUUGCUGGCCAGCAAGCUAAAGGGAGCGGCGGUGAAGCUGGCCGACUUUGGCCUGGCCAUCGAGGUGCAGGGAGAACAGCAGGCAUGGUUCGGCUUUGCGGGCACACCUGGCUACCUGUCCCCAGAGGUUCUGAGGAAGGAUCCAUACGGCAAGCCUGUGGACAUCUGGGCCUGUGGCGUGAUCCUGUACAUCCUCCUGGUGGGCUACCCUCCCUUCUGGGAUGAGGACCAGCACAAGCUCUAUCAGCAGAUCAAGGCCGGGGCCUACGACUUCCCCUCUCCAGAGUGGGACACCGUCACCCCCGAGGCUAAGAACCUGAUCAACCAGAUGCUGACCAUCAACCCAGCCAAGAGGAUCACUGCUGACCAGGCCCUCAAACACCCAUGGGUCUGCCAACGCUCCACCGUGGCCUCCAUGAUGCAUCGCCAAGAGACCGUGGAGUGCCUGCGCAAGUUCAACGCCCGGAGGAAACUCAAAGGAGCUAUCCUUACUACCAUGCUGGUGUCCAGAAACUUCUCAGUUGGCCGACAGCACACCAGCCCUGCAGCCACCACCAGCACGGCUGCUAUGGCGCAGGAAGCAUGCAAAAGUUUACUCAACAAAAAGUCAGAUGGCGUCAAGCCGCUGACAAACAACAAUAAAAACAGUGUAGUAAGCAGUACCAGCAGCACCAAAGACAGCAGCAUAUCAUCUUCAGCACCAAUGGAACCACAGACCACUGUCGUGCACAACCCAGCUGACGGCACCAAGGGCUCCACGGAGAGCUGCAACACCACAGAAGAGGAGGAUAUGAAAGGUAGGAAAGUGUCCGCGUGCGGGGCUAGCGCCGACAGCGCAGUGGUCAGCCAGUGCAGUGCCAGUGAGGAGCAGAGCCAGCAGAGCCAGGCCCCUCACUGCCUACCCGCCUCUGCCCCCCUGCACGAAGAUGCUCAAAACACCAAAUCAGCUCAGAGCGCCUGUCCUGACUUAGAGCGUGGGCUGCCUCCACCAGGGGGCAGCGGCGUGCUGCUCACUCGCAAGCAGGAGAUCAUCAAGAUUACCGAGCAGCUGAUUGAAGCGAUUAACAAUGGGGACUUUGAGGCUUACACGAGAAUCUGUGACCCUGGACUGACCUCGUUUGAACCGGAGGCUCUUGGGAACCUGGUGGAGGGCAUGGACUUCCACAAAUUCUACUUUGAUAAUUUGUUGAGUAAGAACAGUAAGCCGGUGCACACCACCAUCCUCAACCCGCACGUCCACCUGAUCGGCGAGGACGCCGCCUGCAUCGCCUACAUCCGCCUGACGCAGUACAUGGACAGCCAGGGCCAUCCGCGCUCCUGCCAGUCGGAGGAGACGCGUGUGUGGCACCGCCGCGACGCCAAGUGGCUCAACGUGCACUUCCACUGCUCGGGAGCGCCCGCCGCGCCCCUCCAGUGAACCUUGACCAGGCCCCAGCUUUGACCUGAAUUCUGAAGCUGUUUGGAGCAUUUUCUCUCCGUGGUCGGAUUGGCGCCAAGGAGCCCAGCCGGUUAAGACCGCUUGAAGUUUGAAAAAAAAAACACAAGGGGGGGAAAAAAGAUAUAUAUACGUAACAAACUAGAAUAUUUAAACCGCCAACCGCUUGUCUGACCGAUCGACAACACCGACCACCACCAACCCCAUCCAAACCUUGUCGCUGAGGGCUUGCCGAGGCUGCAGCCCCGCCCUCUGGGCGGUGCAUGCUUCUGAUGCCCACACGGGGCACUGGCUUCUUCUUUUCUUUCAUGGAUCCAUCUUCUUUUUUUUUUUUCAUGCCCGUUGUUUGGAAAGGUGUUUGAAGUAUUAACAAAUGUACAAGAAAUAUUUCAAUUUUCGGUAAAAAAAAAAAGAAUAACAAAAAAAACUAAGCCUUCACACGAGUAAUUUAUUGACAAAAAUCUUUCUUUUUUAUCUUUUUUUUUUUCUCCCAGAACGGAAGAGCACACUCCUCAUUUUAGUGGCAAUGUGUUUUUUGCUUUGUCAAUUUCACGGUUAACAUGUAUAUCUAUUUUGAUGCUUUGAAAUGGUAAUAGGGAAAAUGAGGACAUAAACUAAAUUACAGCAUAUUACUUAAUAUCUGAAUUAAAAGCACCAAAGUGUAGACUUUAGAAAUCUUUUGCAUUUAAAGACAUUGUUUUAAUGUAGAAGUGAGCUUUUUGGGGAAGUUAGGGUGGGCUUACGUUUUUUAGUAUUCCAAUGUGUUAAUGUGGAUCUUCAUUUUUAUCUUCUGAAUGAUGCUGUAUUUGAAAGUAUUUUGUGUUCAAAGAGAAUCAUUUUUACAAAUGGGACUUUAUUUAACGUAGUUAUGAAAUACAUCAAUAUUUAUAAGGAGAAGGGGAACAACUCUUUCCUUUCAGGGUUUGGAGAAGGGGAGGUGUGUGUGUGGAUGUGUGUGUGUGUGUGUGUGGAUGUAUAGAUGUCCCUUUUAUCCUUGUAACUCCCUUUGCGACUCCUAGCUUUGUUUGUGCGUUGGGGUCCUGCGUGUGAAUCCAUCCACACACACACAUGGACAUGUCCACACAUGUGCUGUGCCCUUUGGGUCUGUAUGCCAGCCUGCUCUUCAGCCACAACCUCCUGACCAGCACAACCUGAAGUUGCAGAACACUCCCAGUUAAAUGCUAUCUGCCUCUUGGCCACUAGAGGGCGCAUUUAGACAUUUUCGUUUCUGGCCCAGCACUCUCCCACACCGAGGCCUCAAACACAAACCCUGAAAGGGCACACGACACCUCUCCCACCUGUAAGGGUUUCUACUCUGAUUUAAGCAUGUUUAAUUAAUACAAGGAUGACAACAACAACAAAAUCAUGAAUUUAAAAUGGCCUGUACUGUUUUGCACAUGAACUUGAGACUCAAUACUGUUGUGUUCACUUUUCCUGAGUGGACGUUUCUGCAACUUCAGGUUAAGCUAGCCCACUCCCCGGGGGACGUGUUUCUAUGACGAUCCCUGGUAAACCACUCCCCCAUCCCGUUGUCUGUCUCACUCGCGCCACUCUGUUGAAGAUGAUGUCACUGUUUUGCCUGUCUCUUGUUCUGGUCCUGUUCUUGAACACUGUAUAUUGUCUGUCUUGGCUUGCCGUACCUCUGUAAAAUUCACGGGCACGGAAUAGCAUGUUAAAAGGGAGAAAGCAGUGAAAGUCUGGGAUUGGUUCGUGGCCAACUACCAGUGACCGCAUGAUUUUUGAUGGCCGGUGAUUGGACGAGACAGAAUAUUUGGAUGGGCGGCGGACUUAGAAGCUGGUGUUUUGGGAGCCAUGCUGAAGGCAAUCAAUGGAUUGGUCCAUUUUGUAAUGGUUUGUAAUGGUUUGUAGUUAAUUGUACUAGCUGUUAGUGGUCUUAGUGUUUGCUUCUGGAUAACCUCAGUUCUUUGUUUCCACAAAUUGAAACUGUAAAUAUGGGGGGGGCACUAUCGAGUCUGGGGGUGGGGCCAAGGCUUCUGGCCAAUCGCAUCUAAUCGCCUCCUCUCUCUCCGUCCCCCGACCCCAUCACACAUGCAUAAACCAUCCCAAUAAAAAGUCAUCAAUAAACAAUCAGUAAAAAGUAGACUCCACCGCACGCACACAGAAACUCACGUGCACAGGAUGCUGUCAGUGCACAACUAUUUGAAAAAAAGGCACCCGCAUCAAGCACACAUGAACCAGUUUCCCUUUAAAACAUAUCGUUCAAACAUAUUGUGUCGAUGGUUUGCCAUUGGAAAGCUGUUUGUCACUGUGCAGUAGAACUGUGUGUGUGUAUGUGUCGGUGUGUGUGUUUGACUUUGUACCAUCAAGAGUGAAGCCUGCUUCAAACCUGUGAGCAGCUCCCAUGGUAACGUGCACUCCAUCAGUCCUGUCAGAGGACGGGCGUUCAAA